AUUAGAGCAGAGCGCGCUCCGAGGACUCGCAACGAAACAUUUUGCUUUUCACCAUUCCGCGCUCGCAAACCGAACACGCAACAUCGGUAGAGAACAUUAAUACACGCGCGACACACCAAAUCUUGCAGAGAAUAUAAAACAUCACUAAAAGCGAACGGUUCCAAACGAGAUAUAUUCGCGGGUUAGUGGUAAAAAGACUGAUAUUUUACUCAAAAGUGGUAAAUAAAAUAAAUCGAUAUCAAGAUGACGAGUUUUGGGUCGACGCAGAUUUGUGCCAGUUUGUUAGUUCUUGUAGUGAUCGUACAACAAGGUAAAGCACUAAGUUGUUACGAAUGCAACAGCCACAACGACACGCGAUGCUCAGAAGACAUACCCCCAGAAAAUUUGAAGAAGAAUUGCGAUGACCACAAAGGGGGCACAAAAUAUACGAUGUGCCGCAAGAUUACGCAAGUCAUCGAAUUCGAAGUGAACGGAUUGCCGCCUGACACACGUGUUAUCAGAGGUUGCGGAUGGGACGAGUCUAGUUACAAGGGCAAGUGUUACCAGCGUUCGGGUUUCGGUGGUCGCCAAGAGGUCUGCUCUUGUUUAGAGGACUACUGCAACGGGUCCAGCGGACUUCAAGCUAGCACAAUCACCUCCCUAGUUUGUUCGAUGUUUGCACUAAUUGCCUUUAGGGUGCGUUGAUAAGAAAUAUCUCACAAAAAAUAAAAUGAAACGCAUGUACACCUAGCAAAAGAAAUGAACUCAUCCAAUUCAUUAUAAAAAGGGUGAAAUGUGGCAUGCAAAAACAAUCCAUAUAAAUAAUAAGUUAGGCCAUCGCAAAUAUAAAUAAAAUAUUAAAAAA